AUGUUUAGUCGAGGAAUUAUAAGACCAUUGUCAAGAAGAUCUAUUCAUACUGUUCCAAAACUUCCAACCCAUAAAGUCUGGCAAGAAAAAGGUAUACCAGGAUUAUUAUCUGCAGAAGGAUAUCAAACUGCUUGGACCGAUUAUCAAAAUUAUUUAUUAACUAAUUUAACAUUAUUAACUAAUGGAACAUCACUGGAAUUAAAAUCACCAUAUGAAACAUUAUUACAUACUGCUAAACAAACCACUCUGCAACAUAUUUUCCAUUAUUCAUCAAUGGCUCAUAAUAAUCAUUUUUUCUUUGAACAAUUGAGUGAUAAAGAAAUUGCAUCAAAGACUAAACCAUCAAGAUUUUUAAUGGAAAAAUUAAUGCAUGAAGAUGUAUUAGAUAUGGAUCAAUUUAGAAAUAAAAUAUUAAAAAUGGCUGAAGAAUCUUAUGGUCAAGGUUGGAUUUUUUUAAUUGAAACUCAAGAUAAAAAUUUGAAAUUUAUAAAUUGUCAUAAUGAUGGAACUCCUUAUUAUUAUGCUAAAUCUCAAUUAUUGGAUUUAAAUGGUGGAUUAAAUGAAAAUGAUUUUAAUUAUUUACAAGAUUUAAAAGAAAAAGCAGCUAAUGGUGAAAAAGAUUUCAAUUUACCUUUAUUGGCUAUAAAUUAUUGGGAUUAUAUGUAUAUUAAAGAUUAUGGUGUUUCUGGUAAAGCUGAAUAUUUGAGUAACUUGUGGGAACACAUCAACUGGGAUGUCAUCAACAAGAGAUUAUUCCAAAUCUGA